AUGGUAGCCGAUGAAGAAAAUAUCAAUACGAAACAUAUCAGUGGUUUGCAAUGUAAUGAAGAAGAAGAUAGUUCAAUCAUAUAUCACAAACCAAUAUUUUUUCCAAAACGUGUUAUUAUCUUAUCAAAAACAACAAGAUUAGAAUAUGAAAUGCAGAAACAUUCUGAAAUGGGUCACAUCCAGUUUCGCACAUUUUUGAAAAGGAGUGGCUGGAGGUAUGAAGAUAUGAAAAAAAAACAAAUCGAACAACAAAAUUAUGUUCGCAAUAUGCGCAAAUGUCUUCAAAGUUACGGUAUUGAAGUGAAAGUUGUGACUCGUACCGAGUAUACCGUGGAAAUAGCAGCUCAGGCAGAUGCCGUGUUUUCAGCGGGUGGCGAUGGUACUUUCCUGUUGGCUGCUGAGAAAAUACGUGAUCAUCGAGUUGUUAUUGGCUUCAAUACCGAUCCAACAGGUUCUGAAGGUUAUCUGUGCAUAACAAGAAAGGAGAGGCAACCAGUUGCUGAAAUAAUCGAGAAAUUGCUGAAAGGCGAAUGCAGGUGGAUUCGAAGGCAAAGAAUUCGUGUGACAAAACUGAAGUGGGUAGAAAAUAAUGAACUUGAGUGCGACGAAGAAAGCUAUGAAAGAAGUAACCAGUUACGCAGAGCACAACUAUUUCUACAAGACGAAGAUGAUCCAGAAUACCCAUUGUUAGCUCUUAAUGAUGUAUUCAUUGGGGAAAGCCACGCAGCUCGAGUUAGCCAUUAUGAUCUGCAAAUAGACGAUGGUCCUAUUAUACGUCAAAAGAGUUCUGGUAUAACAGUUUGUACAGGAACGGGAUCAACGUCAUGGAAUUAUAACAUUAAUCGUGUAUCCGAACAACAUAUUGAUGAACUGUUAUUCAUAAUGAAGAAGAUGAAUUUACUGACAGUCAAUCCUACAGAUACAAUCACUAAAGAUAUAUGCAAAUGUUUCAACGAGAAUUUAUAUUUUGACCCCCAAUCUACAAGUAUCGCAUUUACGGUACGAGAUCCUGUUUUUAAUGCAACAUUCCAAGGUGGAAUACAGCGUGGCUUUGCUAAAAGGAUAAGAGUUAGAUCAAGAUGUACAGAUGCUCAUAUCGUUUUAGAUGGUAGGAUCUCUGUUCCUUUCAAUUCAGGAACUGAAAUACUGCUGGAAAUUCAUGAAAGUGAUGCUCUGCAUUCCAUUGUAUCUCUAUAA